CGGGGCGCAGGCGAGAGAGGCAGGCGAAUGCCAACGGUGUGAUACAUCGGCGAUAAGUACGGCUUAGUACGGUACUCGUUCCGUCGGGCUCGUUGGACCGUGUCGCGUGUCUCGGCGUUUCCCGUUUGAUGCGGCCAAUCUCGCGCGAUUCUGCAUCGUUGCGUCGCGUACGAGUUGCUCGUCGUCGUUGUUGACAGCGGUCGAAGCCCCGUCGGCGGUUCGCUCUCGCCUCUUCUUCUCGCGCGCUGUUUUCACGGACUCUCCCUUAAUGCCGGACUCAAUAAACAUUAAUACGAUAAACAUGUCUGACCACUUUGGGCCCAUUACCUUGAAAUGGGAUCCCAAAAACUUGGAGAUACGGACCAUGUCUGUGGAGAAGACGCUGGAGCCGCUUGUGCUCCAGGUUACGACGUUGGUGAACACGAAAGGUCCCAGCAAGAAGAAGAAGGGAAAGUCGAAGAGGGCGAGCGCGCUGGUCGGAACUGUGGAGAAGGCGACUACCAAUUUCAUCGAGAAGGGCGAGAAGAUUGCUUAUGAAAAUCCGGACAUCACAGCGGAGAUGCUGAGCGCCGUGGAGGAAGUGAGGAAAACGGGAGCAGCAAUGAGCAUUGCCGCCAGAGAAUUUUCCGAGGAUCCGUGCUCGUCCUUGAAACGGGGCAACAUGGUGCGCGCCGCGAGGAAUUUGCUGUCGGCGGUGACGCGUUUGCUCAUCUUGGCGGACAUGGUGGACGUCCAUCUCCUCUUGAAAUCCCUGUACGUCGUGGAGGACGACCUGAAGAAGCUGAAGAACGCCUCCUCGCAGGGCGAGCUGAUUCAGAACAUCAAGGAGUUCGGCAGAAACGCCGCCGAGUUGAUUCAGCAGGCGGCCAAGCGCCAGCACGAGCUCAAGGAUCCGCAGCUCAGGGACGACUUGGCGGCCGCCCGGGCCGUCCUGAAGAAGCACUCCACCAUGCUGCUCACCGCGUCGAAGGUGUACGUGCAGCAUCCCGAUCUGGCGGCGGCCAAGGCCAAUCGCGACUACGUGCUGAAGCAGGUGUGCGAGGCCGUGAACACGAUAAACGACGUUGCUCAAGGGAAAACGCCGCCCGACAGCCAGCACCCUUACGACGGCCCGGGCGAGUUGGCCGCCGCGUUGGAUGACUUCGACGAGAGGAUGGUGAUGUCCCCGCUCGCUUACAACGAGGUCCGCACGCGACCGAGCCUCGAGGAGAGAUUGGAGAGUAUCAUCAGCGGUGCCGCACUGAUGGCGGAUUCGUCGUGCACUCGGGACGAACGUAGAGAGCGCAUCGUCGCCGAAUGUAACGCGGUCAGACAGGCGCUUCAGGAUCUUCUGAGCGAAUACAUGAACAACUUACAGCGCGCUCGGGGUGGGAGACGGAUGGGUGUUAAGGAACAAUCUGAGGGCUUAGAGAGGGCGAUAGAUCACAUGUGCAGGAAGACCCGCGAUCUUCGCAGACAGUUGCGCAAAGCCGUGGUGGAUCACGUGUCGGACAGUUUCCUGGAAACGAGCGCACCGUUGCAAGCCCUGUAUGAAGCUGCGGAGAAAGGCUGGGUCAAGGAGGUGGAAGAAUACGCGCUCAUUUUCACGGAGCACGCGAACAAACUUGUGGAGGUGGCCAAUUUGGUAUGCAGUAUGUCUAACAAUGAGGAUGGCGUGAAGAUGGUUCGCUACGCUGCGGCGCAGAUCGAGAACCUGUGCCCGCAGGUGAUUAACGCGGCGCGCGUGUGGGCCGCGCGAAACACGGACGUUGCGAAGGACAACAUGAAGGUGUUCCGCCAAGCGUGGGAGAAUCAGAUGCGCGUUUUGACGGAGGCCGUGGACGACAUCACCACGAUCGACGAUUUCCUGGCGGUCUCCGAGAACCAUAUUCUGGACGACGUCAACAAGUGUGUCCUGGCGUUGCAAGUGCGUCCCGGUGACGCCGACACCCUGGACAGACACGCGGGCGCGAUACUCGGCCGUUCCGCCAGGGUGUGCAACGUCGUGCAGGCCGAGAUGGACAACUACGAGCCGUGUAUCUACACCAAGCGGGUUCUCGAGGCGGUGAAGGUCCUCAGAAAGCAGGUGAUGCCCAACUUCGAGCAACGAGUGGAAGAGGCCGUGAACGCGCUGCGCAGUAAUCCGGCGCAGGAAGUGGACGAGAACGACUUCAUUGACGCGUCCAGACUGGUGUACGACGGAGUUCGCGAGAUCAGGCGAGCCGUGCUCAUGAAUAGGGCGGACGAAGAUCUGGAUCCCGAAGAUGUGGAACUGGACGAGCAUUACACGCUGGAAACACGUAGCAAGUCUAGCGCUCAGACCGGAGAGCACAACGUGGACGAGUAUCCGGAGAUCAGCGGCAUCACGACUGCCCGCGAGGCGAUGAGAAAGAUGCCGGAGGAGGACAAGCAGAAGAUCUUGCAGCAGGUCGAGUACUUCAGAAGCGAGAAGCUCAAGUUCGACAAAGAGGUGGCGAAGUGGGACGACGCCGGCAAUGACAUUAUCGUUCUCGCCAAGCACAUGUGCAUGAUCAUGAUGGAGAUGACGGACUUCACUCGUGGUCGAGGCCCCCUGAAGACGACCAUGGACGUCAUAAACGCGGCAAAGAAGAUCUCCGAGGCUGGCACGAAACUGGACAAGUUGACCAGGCAGAUCGCCGAUCAGUGCCCGGAAAGCUCCACGAAGAAGGAUCUCCUCGCGUACUUGCAACGCAUAGCCCUCUAUUGCCAUCAGAUGAAUAUCACGAGUAAGGUGAAGGCGGAUGUGCAGAACAUCAGCGGCGAGCUGAUUGUUUCCGGCCUAGAUAGCGCAACCUCCCUCAUACAAGCUGCCAAAAACUUGAUGAACGCCGUCGUGCUUACUGUCAAGGCUUCCUACGUUGCGUCAACGAAAUAUCCACGACAAUCCACGGUAACGUAUUCUCCUAUUGUCAUAUGGAAGAUGAAAGCCCCGGAGAAGAAACCGUUAGUUCGUCCCGAACGACCCGAGGAAGUUAGAGCGAAAGUACGUAAAGGUUCGCAGAAGAAAGUGCAGAAUCCUAUACAUGCACUCUCAGAAUUUCAGAGCCCUACCGAGAGCGUAUAAGCUCGCUCUCUCUCUCUCUCUAGAUGUAAGUAAACGAUAACAGGAAUGAUAUAACGCCAUGUCUCUGCGUCUUGCUAAAAUAUUUGUAAUUCGCUUUGCUCGAUUAACACGAGGGGCGAUUAACACGAAAAGUCAUUUUUAGAACCAUCAGAUAAAUUAAAGGAUGUCGUGGAGUCUGAUGGAUUUCUGAUUUAGAUAUUGGUCUUUUUUCGUGUCGAUUGUCUCGUAUUGAUCGGACGCGGUGAAUUACAAAUACCGUGGCACGAUACAAGGACGUAACGCUACCCGACGUAUUAUUAUAUAGCAUCACCUUUUAAGAAUCGUAAGGCCAAGAUAUUUUAUUUUCGAUGAUGUUUAAGACGCGAAGAAUAUCUAUUAAUUCAUUUUGAAGUGAUGCGCGGCUCUGUAAGAGCAAUCGACUUGUAGCAGUCGGUUCAGCGAGUAAUCCUGACUCUCAUUCCAUGUAUAUCUCGAUUUUACAAGAGAUUGAACAUUAUUGGAGAGUUCAACAUUAUAAAUAAAGGAGGAUGAAAGAUAAGUAUAGGAUGGUAAUGUUUUGGGAAUCCGUAUAUUUCAUUUACACUUACCUAUUAAUAAUUGUGCGGUAUGCUACGCACGAGUAUUCUCGGAUGUUAGUUAUUAGUUGUUAAUCGCAAGAACAAUAAUCUUAAUACAAGCGAAUACAUGUAAUCCCGAUGAAUCCCGAUAAUCGACUUUGGAGGAAGGUUUCGAAGGAAGAGGUUACGAAUUAAAAAAAAGGCUGAGAUAUAUACCUAUAUAUGUAUAUCUCAGAUUUUACAGGGGCACAAUUAAGGAUAAUGACUUUGUGUUACAGAUCGUAUUUGAUUUCAUGCUGCAUGAUCAUCUUUAUAUUCGAGAUUUUUUAGAAUUCCUAUAUUAUUUAAAUUUUUCUAGCUGUAAGUGAGAUACGUACAUCUUACUCGAGCAGCGAAUUGCAAAGGUACUUCCUGUCUACUGACUUUUCGAGGACAAGCUAUUUCUCGUAAUAAAAUUUUUUUUAUAUUUUACAUUUUGUUUAUAUUAGUCGUUUUUUUUAUGUUUACAGUUUACAUCUAUCUAUAUUAAGAUUUAUUAUUAAUAUCUAUUCGAACAAUGUGUGUUACGAUAUAUAGAUUGGAAAUGUUUUUGUAUAUAAAUUUUUCUCUUUUCGUGGAAAAUAUAUUAUUAUCUUUUGUAAUUCUCAUACGAAGCUCAUAUAGAGUCGAUGAAACUUAAUCAUGGAUUGACAGUAUUGUAUCGAAAUAAAGAGACUGCAGAUUAUACUACAAUAUUUAAUAUAUUAACUUGUAUAUAAGUAAAUAUGCCCGUGUUAUUUUUAAUUUUUGUAUAACGAGCAACUGAAUGUGAGAAAAGGAGGUGUGCGAAGAAAGGAAAUUUCAAUGCCCAUUUAGUCCAUAUCCCAACGAUAAUAAUCUUUUACUAACGAUUUUACUGUAAUAAUCGAGUAUGUCAGGAUUGACGUUAUAAUAUUAAAUAUAAUUGUACUUCAUGUAACAUUUGCAAUACUAGUAAGAUUUCAAUUAUUGAAAGGCCAAAAGAAACCUGGAGCAAUAUAUACAUAUUGCUCUAUAUAUUAAAUAAUUCUAUAUAAAUAAUAUAUAUAUAUCUAUCUAUUUCUAUUUAUAAAUACAUACGGAAUGUUUUUCGUAUUUUGUAAUAUACGAAGUUCUCAAAUAAGAUAUAGAUAUCAAGUAUUACAUUCAAGUGGUUCCCUAUCGUCUAUAAAUAGAGUUAAUAGAAGGAUAACAUCAUAGAUAUAAGAAUCGUACGUUAUAUAUCGAACACACGAUUUAUUCGUUGUAAUAAAUUUGUUCGGUACGAUUAUAUUUCUCUUUUUAUGCACAUGGAUAAUUUUAUUUUUAUUUCGUGUAAUUUUCUAGAUAAGGACGAUGAUGCGCCAAUACCAUUCUCUGGUUCGUAACGAGCUUUAUAAUUGCAAAAAAAAUGCAAUAAUUUAAGAUUAAUUUUAUAUAUCAACAUAAUUCGUUACUUAUCUUUGCAUUAAAUGUAUAACAAUGCUGUACUUCCGAUGCACUCAUCUUAUGCUUUCUUCAGAACGUAUUAUUUCAGUAUUCUGAUGCAGACGCAUAUAAAUAUAUACCCAUAUUCUUAUAUUAUAAUUUAGAUACUUUAAGGUAAAAUCGAGCCAUCGAUUGCUACGACAUGAAGCGGAUGCCAAUAUUAUGUAAGAAAUCGGCGUCGCCUUUUUUUUAUUAUAAAAUAAGUACUAAUUAUACUUUUAAGAUUAAAACAUUGUAACUGAUAUGCUGCCAAAUAUAAGGUGAUGCAUUUCUCAUAA